UAUUCCGACUUUAACUCGACCUCGCUGACGGCUCUCUGCGGUCUCGCAUCGCAGCGGGUUCCGGUUCACGUAGCGGACUAUCUCAGUAGCGAUGUCCUCGUGGCGCAGGCUGCACGCGACGGCGCGGACGGCUCGCGGACUCUUCGCCUCCGCGCGACCCGCACGAGGACCCGAACCGUCGGGUCGGAGCCUGACGACAGGCUCACCUCUCCGGAAUGACUUCUUCAAAGACCUGGAGACCCAGCUGGCGGCGAUGAGGCAGAAGGCGUCGGACGCUCUUCCGGGGAGCAGCUGGACCCCCCUGGAGGUGAACCCGGACCUCCCGCCGGAGAGGGCCGACAUUGUGAUCGUCGGAGGCGGCGUGGUGGGCUGGUCCAUCGCCUACUGGCUCAAGCAGAAGGAGAGGGUGCGAGACGGCGUGAAGGUGAUCGUGGUGGAGAAGGACCUCACGUACUCCCAGGCCUCCACUGUUCUGUCUGCUGGGGGGAUCCGACAGCAGUUCUCUCUGCCUGAGAACAUCCACCUCUCCCUGGCCUCCGCAGAAUUCAUGAGGAACAUCAACGAACACCUCGGCGUGUUGAAUGAAGACCCGGUGGACCUCCAGUUCAACCAGUCGGGGUACCUCUUCCUGGCCAGUGAGAAGUCGGCUCACAUCAUGGAGGAGAACUACAGCACCCAGAGGAGCGCCGGAGCCAAAGUGUCCCUUCUCUCUCCGGCACAAUUGAAGCACAAGUUUCCGUGGAUAAACACAGCCGGCGUGGGGCUGGCUUCAUACGGGCUGGAGAACGAGGGCUGGUUCGACCCCUGGACUCUGCUGAACGCCUUCAGGAGGAAGGCCGUCUCCAUGGGAGUCAUUCAGUGCCGCGGAGAAGUCACAGAUUUUAAAUGCAUAACCAGCCGAGUUAUGUCUCCUGGUGGUGAUGAAAUGGAUCUCAGGAGGAUCAAAUCUGUCAAAGUGCAGAUGCCCAACAGUCUGGAGUUCCAGCCCGUGGAAUGUGCCAUCGUGGUCAAUGCAGCCGGAGCCGCUUCUGCUCGGCUGGCGGAGAAGCUGGGAAUCGGCUUCGGCCACAAAGGCUCCGCGGCCGGAGUCCCGCUGCCCGUGGAGCCGCGCAAAAGGUCUGUUAUUCACUGGAGGUCUUUAAACAACAGACUGUAAGGACUGUCUUUAAACGACAGACUGUAAGGACUGUCUUAAACGACAGACUGUAAGGACUGUCUUUAAAGUAAGGAGUGUCUUUAAACGACAGACUGUAAGGAGUGUCUUAAACGACAGACUAAGGACUGUCUUUAAACAACAGACUGUAAGGACUGUCUUUAAACGACAGACUGUAAGGACUGUCUUUAAACAACAGACUGUAAGGACUGUCUUUAAACGACAGACUGUAAGGAGUGUCUUUAAACAACAGACUGUAAGGACUGUCUUAAACGACAGACUAAGGAGUGUCUUAAACGACAGACUGUAAGGACUGUCUUUAAACGACAGACUGUAAGGAGUGUCUUUAAACGACAGACUGUAAGGACUGUCU